AGAGGUAAAGGCUAUAACCACGGGGAAGAAACUGUUCAGAUUGGGGUCUAUAACAUCCAAUCACAGAGGUUUACAGCAGCUGACAGUUGCAACUUCAUUGCUAAUAACUCAAACUUCCUUUUUCAGAUAAAGACAUCAUCUCUGUACAGAUGUAGGAUCUGAAUUUGAUCACCCUGUUGCAGGAAAACUAAAACUUGUAGUGUAUUUGAUGUUUUAAAAGGCUUCUGAAGUUUGUCAUUUCCACUUUCCACUUUAAAAUGUUAAUUAUAAUCCACAUAAUUGUUCUGCUGUAGUAAACUGUCUCAAAUUAAGAUCCUACAUCUGUAGCAAAACACCUGUCUUUCAUGUGUUCUCCUUUGACGAUUUGACAUCUUUUAUUUACUAUUGUUUAGGCUGGUUGAAUGAGUUGUCUAUGAAAGCUACUUCAUCUGUAAGAAAACAGACGGCUGCACCAGUGACUGGGUCAGUGCUCUAAAAUGAGUCUCUCUGGGGAGAGAAAGGAGGGGGGCCCUGCCUCUAAAAUGAGUCUCUCUGGGGAACAUGACACCAAAGCUAAGAGCCCAAUCCAUCAGGAGAGACCAGACUCACCCAGCUCUCUGUCCAUGAAGAGUGACGGGUCUAUGGACCAUUUCUAUGAUUGCGAAGAUGGAGACUUUUCUGCAUUUACAGGACCAAUCAAGCAGGAGAGACCAGCCUCCCCUGUUCCCAGCUGUGUGUCCAUGAAGAGUGACCUGUCUAUGAAUCUACCUAUAGAGUUUAGAGAGGGAGACUUUUCUACUGAACAAAGAAACCAACAGGAGAGAUCAGAGUCAGAGUAUCUCAGUUGUCAGUCUUCCCAGAUUCAUCAAACAGACCUGGACUCCAUAUUCAGUAUGCUUGAAGAGAAAAUUAUGACAUUUGUGAAGAACGAGCUGAAGAUGUUCAAGAGGAUUCUUAGUCCAGAACUCCCAGAAGGCUUUGAGAGUCUGAAGCAGGAAGUGGUGGACCCUGAAGAUGAGCAGCAGGAGAGCAGUGCCAGAGAGGGGGCUCUGAAGAUCACACUGCACAUCCUGAGGAAAAUGAACCAGAAGGAGCUUGCUGACACACUGGAGAAAUAUGAGCUUGCUGUGAUUUGCCAACGUAAACUCAAAUCUAAUCUAAAGAAGAAGUUUCAAUGUGUAUUUGAGGGGAUCGCUCAACAAGGAAACCCAACACUUCUCAAUAAGAUCUACACAGAGCUCUACAUCACAGAGGGUGGAACAGGAGAGGUCAAUAAUGAACAUGAGCUGAGACAGAUUGAGACAACAACCAGGAAACAAGCAAGACCAGAGACUCCAAUCAAAUGUAACGACAUCUUCAAACCCUUAACUGGACAAGAUAAACCUAUCAGAACUGUGCUGACAAAGGGAGUCGCUGGCAUUGGAAAAACAGUCUCUGUGCAGAAGUUCAUUCUGGACUGGGCUGAAGGAAAUGCAAAUCAGGAUGUCCAAUUUGUGUUUUCAUUCCCUUUCCGGGAGCUGAAUUUGAUGAAAGGGGACAAACACACUUUCAUUAAACUUCUCAAUCACUUCUCAAUGGAAACCAAAGAAUCAAGAAUCUCCAACUACAACAAGUACAAAGUUCUGUUCAUCUUUGAUGGUCUGGAUGAGUGCCGACUGCCCCUAGACUUCCAGAAGAACAAGAUCUGUUGGGACGUCACAGAGUCAACCUCAGUGGAUGUUCUGCUGACAAAUCUCAUCAAGGGAAAUCUGCUCCCCUCUGCUCUCCUCUGGAUAACUACCCGACCUGCAGCAGCCAAUAAGAUCCCUUCAGCGUGUGUUGACCAGGUAACAGAGGUACGAGGGUUCAAUGACCCACAGAAGGAGGAGUACUUCAGGAAGAGAUUCAGUGAUGAGGACCUGGCCAGCAGAAUCAUCUCACACAUAAAGACAUCAAGGAGCCUCCACAUCAUGUGCCACAUUCCAGUCUUCUGUUGGAUUUCUGCAACAGUCCUUGAACACAUGCUGAAACAUAAGAGAGAAGAGAUGCCCAAGACUCUGACUGAGAUGUACACACACCUUGUGGAGUUUCAUACCAAACAGAAGAAUGAAAAGUAUCUUGGGAAAGAAGAGACAGGUCCACACUGGAAUAAAGAGAGCAUUCUGUCACUGGGAAAACUGGCUUUUCAAAAGCUUGUGAAAGGCAAUCUGAUUUUCUAUGAAGAAGACCUGAAAGAGGCUGGCAUUGAUGUCAAUGAAGCCUCAGUGUACUCAGGAUUGUGCACACAGCUCUUUAAAGAGGAAUGUGGGCUGUACCAGGACAAGGUGUACUGCUUUGUUCAUCUGAGCAUUCAGGAGUUUCUGGCUGCUGUAUAUGUGUUCGUCUCAUUCAUCAACAACAAUGAGAAUCUAAUGGACAAACUGCAAACAAAAGACGAGUCUGAAGUUACUGUCUACAAGAGUGCUGUGGAUAAAGCCUUACAAAGUGAGACAGGAAACCUGGACCUUUUCCUCCGCUUCCUUCUGGGCCUCUCACUGGAGUCCAAUCAGAAGCACUUACGAGGUCUACUGACAAAGACCAGAAGCAGCUCACAGAGCCAUGAAGAAACAGUCAAGUACAUCAAGGAGAAGAUCAGGGAGAAUCCCUCUCCAGAGAGGAGCAUCAAUCUGUUCCACUGUCUGAAUGAACUGAAUGACCAUUCUCUAGUGGAGGAGAUCCAAAGCUUCCUGAGAUCAGGAAGUCUCUCAAAACCCAACCUGUUACCUGCACAGUGGUCAGCUCUGGUCUUUGUGUUGCUGACUUCAGAAAAGGAGCUGGAUGUGUUUGACCUGAAGAAAUACUCCAGAUCAGAGGAAGGUCUUCUGAGGCUGCUGCCAGUGGUCAAAGCCUCCAGAGCUGUUCUGCUGUCAGGCUGUGGAGUCACAGAGGAAGGCUGUGCUUCUCUGGUCUCAGCUCUGGAGUCAAACCCCUCACACCUGAGAGAGCUGGAUCUGAGUAACAAUGACCUGAAGGAUUCAGGAGUUGAGCUGCUCUCUGAUGGACUGGGGAAUCCCCACUGUAAACUGGAGACUCUGAGGCUAUCAGGCUGUCUAGUCACAGAGGAAGGCUGUGCUUCUCUGGUCUCAGCUCUGAGGUCAAACCCCUCACACCUGAGAGAGCUGGACCUGAGUAACAAUAACCUGAAGGAUUCAGGAGUGAAGCUGCUCUCUGCUGGACUGGGGAAUCCCCACUGUAAACUGGAGACUCUGAGGCUGUCAGGCUGUCUAGUCACAGAGAAAGGCUGUGCUUCUCUGGUCUCAGCUCUGGAGUCAAACCCCUCACACCUGAGAGAGCUGGACCUGAGUAACAAUGACCUGAAGGAGUCAGGAGUGAAGCUGCUCUCUGCUGGACUGGGGAAUCCCCACUGUAAACUGGAGACUCUGAGACUCACUGGCUGUAAAAUCAGAAACACAUCCUGUAAAGUGUUGGCCUCAGUUCUCAGUUCAAACCCCUCACACCUGAGAGAGCUGGAUCUGAGUAACAAUGACCUGAAUGAUUCAGGAGUGAAGCUGCUCUCUGCUGGACUGGGGAAUCCCCACUGUAAACUGGAGACUCUGAGACUCACUGGCUGUAAAAUCAGAAACACAUCCUGUAAAGUGUUGGCCUCAGUUCUCAGUUCAAACCCCUCACACCUGAGAGAGCUGGAUCUGAGUAACAAUGACCUGAAUGAUUCAGGAGUGAAGCUGCUCUCUGCUGGACUGGGGAAUCCCCACUGUAAACUGGAGACUCUGAGACUCGCUGGCUGUAAACUCAGGAACACAUCCUGUAAAGUGUUGGCCUCAGUUCUCAGUUCAAACCCCUCACACCUGAGAGAGCUGGACCUGAGUAACAAUGACCUGAAGGAUUCAGGAGUGAAGCUGCUCUCUGCUGGACUGGGGAAUCCCCACUGUAAACUGGAGACUCUGAGGCUGUCAGGCUGUCUAGUCACAGAGGAAGGCUGUGCUUCUCUGGUCUCAGCUCUGAGGUCAAACCCCUCACACCUGAGAGAGCUGGACCUGAGCUACAAUCACCCAGGAGACUCAGGAGUCAGACUGCUCUCUGCUGGACUGGAGGAUCCACACUGCAGACUGGAGAAACUCAAUGUGGAACAUGGUGGAGAGAACAGAAUGAAACCUGGGCUUAGAAAAUAUGUCUGUGAUCUCACACUGGACCUAAACACAGUAAACAGACGCCUCUCUCUGUCUGAGGAGAACAGAAAGGUGACAUGUAGGACAGAGAAGCAGCCGUAUCCUGAUCACCCAGAGAGAUUUGAGGGCUGUGGACAGGUGCUGUGUAGAGAGGGUCUGACUGGGCGCUGUUACUGGGAGGUAGAGAGGCGUGGGAGAGGGGCUGUUAUAGGAGUGACAUAUAAAGGAAUCAGCAGGAGAGGAAGGGGUAAUGACUGUGGUCUUGGAUACAAUGACAAGUCCUGGAGUCUGUUCUGCUCAAACUGCUCUGACAACAGUUACUCUGCCAGGCACAAUAAUAAUCGGACUCCCAUAGUCGUCCACCCCUCCAGCCCCCACAGAGUAGGAGUGUAUCUGGACUGGCCAGCCGGCACUCUGUCCUUCUAUAGAGCCUCCUCUGACACACUGACCCACCUGAUCACAUUCACCUCCACAUUCACUGAGCCCCUCUAUCCAGGGUUUAGGCUUUGGGGUGAUGGUGAAUCAGUGUCAAUAAUAACCUGACACACACACACACACAGGACACACACACACACACACAGGACACACACACACAGGACACA